AUGUCCAAGAUCGUCGUCAUCACGGGUGCCAACACCGGCCUCGGCUACGAAGUUGUCAAGGCUCUGCUCCAAAACGACAAAGCCGCGCCGUACCGCAUCUUCCUCGGCUGCCGCUCCCUCGACAAAGGCAAGGCCGCACGCGACCAGGUGCUGGCCGAAGUGCCCGAGACCCGGAGCACCAUUGACCUGCUGCAGGUUGACGUGGCCAGCGACGCGUCCAUCGAGGCCGCCUUCACGGCCGUCGCCAAGGACGUCGACCACAUCGACGCCCUUGUCAACAACGCCGGCCAUGCCGUCGACCCCCAGCUGGCCACUGGCGCUGUGAGCCGGCGCCAGGUCUGGACGCAGGACUUUGACGUCAACGUGUCGGGCGCCGACAUUAUGACGUACACGUUCGCGCCGCUGCUCAUCAAGUCGCGUGAGCCGCGUCUGCUGUUCCUGACGAGCGGCCUGGCGUCCCAACAGAACAUGGCCGCCGCCUACUACGCCGGCCCGGCCCCCGCCGCCACGGGCUGGCCCAAGACGUACUUUGGCAGCCCCUUUAUGUACCGCGCCACCAAGUGCGCACUCAACAUGCUGAUGCUCAACUGGCACCACGUCUUGCUGCCGGAUGGCGUCAAGACCUUUUCCAUUUCGCCCGGCAUGCUGGUCACCAACCUGGGCAACAUCAAAGAGCGCCUCAUAGAGAUGGGCGCGGGCCACCCGUCUGUGGGCGGCCAGCUGAUCCAGCAGGUCGUGGCGGGCGAGCGCGACACCGACGCCGGCAAAAUUGUCAACAGCACGGGCGUGAUGCCGUUCUAG